AUGUGUGGAAUCAGUGCCUUCAUUACCCACCCUGGCCAGUCCAGGUCGCCCGUGUUGAACGGAGACGUCAAACAUGUGGUAGAAGAACUGGAGACCAGCCUUGAUCUGAUUGCUCAUCGUGGACCUGAUGCACGAGGCCGUUGGUUCAGUGAUGAUCAUCAUGUUGGUCUCGGACAUGUUCGUUUAUCGAUCAUAGAUCUCAGUCCCAGUGGAAACCAACCGUUCCACGACGAACAAGGUGGUAUCCACGCUGUUGUGAAUGGCGAACUCUAUGACUACGAGCGCUACAAAGAGCAGUUAGCAGAUGAGUUCAAGUUUGUGGGAAACAGUGACUGUGAAAUUGUCAUUGCGCUUUACAAGCACUAUGGCCUAUCUUUCAUUUCUCACCUCAGAGGAGAAUUUGCAUUUGUUCUAUGGGAUGAAAACCGUCAGCAGCUCAUUGCUGCGAGAGAUCGGUACGGUAUCAAGUCUCUGUACUACACAGUUCACCAGAACAAAUUACUGGUUGCAACUGAGAUCAAGUCGUUUUUGGCGUUUGGCCUGCAGCCGGAGUGGUGCGUCCGAUCGCUGCGAGACCAGAGCUGGAGAGUUGACUCCACUACUUUCUUUGAAGGAGUUUACAAGGUCCGGCCCGGACAUUAUCUCAUUGCUCGACCCAAUGAACGGGAAGAACAACACCCAUACUGGGAUCUUGAGUAUCCCGACAAGUUUGCCAAGGAUCUGCGAUCCGAGGACGAAAUUACUGAAGGUGUCAGAGAACGCCUUCUAGAAGCUGUAAGGAUCCGUCUCAAGGCAGAUGUUCCUGUAGCUGUCUACCUCUCUGGAGGAAUUGACUCGUCCUCUGUCGCUGGAAUGGUGUCGCACCUCAUCAAGCAGGGCACCAAGCUCGGCAAUGAAACGAGUUUAUUGCCGUCGAGUAUGAAAUGCUACACCGUCCAAUUCGAUGAGGGCAGCGGGGCAGACGAGUCAGCAAUCGCUCGUCGCACGGCAGAUUUCCUCGGCGUCGACAUCCAUCUAGUCAAGAUGGAUGAAGAAGCUCUGGUCGCGCGAUUUGAAGACACGACAUGGUACAGCGAAGUACCUCUUCCAGACCUGAAUGGAAUGGGCCGAUUGGCUUUGGCGGAGGCCGUGCACGCCCAGGGUAUCAAGGCAGUAAUCACUGGCGAGGGCUCUGAUGAGCACUUUGGGGGCUAUGAUGCCUUCAGAGCUGAUUCGCUAAGCGAACCUGACCACUCGUGGCCUGCCAUGAUGACCGAUACUGAGCGUCAAGAAGCACACGCUCUAGCCAGCAAAGAAGCUCAAUAUGGCAUUUUCGGAGACUUCACACCAAAGGUGCCAAUCUCCACAAAGAGAAUGUUUUAUUCUAGCCACGUCACCAGUUCUAUCGCGAGAGUCGGAAGUCUACCGUUCUCCGACUGGACCAAGGUCUACGGCAACAGCAUUCCCGAGACCACCAUGAUUGAAGGUUUCGACGGGAGAGUCCGCGACAACAUUCUGAACCGUUGGCAUCCCGUCCAUACUGCACAGUACAUGUUUGUCAAAACAUUCAUGCCUCACUUCAUCUUGCGAUACAACGGAGAUAACAUCGACAUGGUUCACCAAGUCGAAAGUCGUUGCCCUUUCCUCGACCAUCAUUUGACCGAGUACGUUAACAACGUGCCUCCCAGUCUUAAGAUGAGAUACAACGCGAAGGAUAAGACUUGGCGUGAGAAGCAUAUUCUUCGGGAGGCUGUCAAGCCCUUUGUUACUGAUGAGGUGUACAACAUGAGUAAGAAGGCUUACAUGGGUCCGAGGAAGUUUUGGCCCGGAGGACCAUUGCACAAAAAGAUUUCGGAGUUAGUGACAAAGGCAAAUGUUGAGAAUCUAGGUUUUGUAGACUGGCAGGCUACACAGGAUGCUAUGGAUGGGGCUUUCAAUAAGCAGGAGGGUCUGGCGCUGCGCCGUAUCAUUACCGUGGCACAAUUCGUUGUUUUGGGGCAACGUUUUGGUGUCAAGAGAGCCUCUGGACGUAGCUAG